GUCCAUUAUUUGUGAAUUGAGAAAACAUUGAAGUUGAUAGGAACAGUUUUGUAUGAAUUCUCCUUUCAAUUCUUCUGGUUGUAAAACAACGUCGAUGAUUCUUAGUAUUAUUAUUAUUAUCAUUCAUGUUGUGUUAUGACUCGAAACAGUCUUUGUAGCUGUUUUUUAGGGAACGUAUACUCAAACAAAACAUCCCAACGUUCCAGAGAGAAGGCUACUUUGAGAAAACAAGUAUCAUACUUGGGUGGGAAUCCCAAGAGUUUUGACAACCAAAGGAACGUGGUGCCUGGCGCAAAGCGUCUGUCAAGACUCACUUGGAUACGUUUUUCUGACGGAUUUACUCCUUUUUGUGAAAGUGUCACUUGUAGUUCCUGUGAGAACCUCCCCAAGGAUAAGGACCAUCCAGAGAAGUCUAUUACGGAACAAAAAUGGUUCAAGUCUGUAAACGCGUCGUUUCUUUCCUUUCGAAAGAACACGCCAGUAUUUCAAAAACUUAAACAAAGGCUGGUUGCAGGUUUUUCCUUGGGAUUUUUGGCGAUAGUAUCUAUUUUUGCUGGAAAUGGUAUCUUUACACUUGCCUUGACUUUAAUAUGUGUGUUAGGCCAACUAGAAUAUUAUCGUAUGGCAAGGGCAAAGGGUCACUUACCAGCACAUCGAGCUGGUAUUUUUGUUGGAAUACUUCAAAAUAUUGUUGCAUAUACGUUUCCUACAUUUGCAGAUACUGUAUUUCCGAUUGGAGGAACACUUAUUUGUUGUUAUUUGCUUUUUAGAAAGCGACAGGCAACCAUUGCAGAUAUUUCUACUUCAUUUAUGGGACUUUUUUAUGCAGGAUAUUUGCCAUCUUAUUGGAUUCGUCUGCAUGCUCUUCGGAAUAUGUUAGGGCUAGGUUCUCUCAAUCGUGUAUUCCGUUUUCUGCAUUCGUUCUCAUUUUUAGGUUGGAAACCGUUGUUUUCUUUAGGUUCGUGCUUGACAUUUUGGACUUGGUUGUCCAUUGUUGGAGCAGAUGUGGGAGCCUAUUUUAUUGGCAAGUUAUUUGGUCGUACCAAGUUCAUCGAAAUUUCACCCAAGAAGACAGUCGAGGGAGCCUUGGGUGGCUUUUUAGGCUCAACUUGUAUUAGUUUACUUGCAGCAUAUCUUUUAUGUUUUCCUUUUUGGUAUAUAACCGGUGCUGUGUAUGGAAUCAUGAUUGGCGUGGUUGGACUACUCGGAGACUUAACUGCUUCCCUUUUUAAGAGAGAUGCAGGCUUCAAGGAUUCCGGUAAUAUAAUACCUGGUCACGGAGGAAUUUUAGACAGAACUGAUAGCUAUGUAUUCACUGCACCUCUUGUCUAUUAUUUUGUUACCGUGUUGAUUCCAAUCAUUGUCAGAUUCUUCUAGGCGAAAUCUUCAUUCACUCAUUUUUGAAGGGGACCAUUCAAAUAUUCUGAAUGUCCAAAUAACUGAAUAGAAAUCGUUAUUUCACAUUUUUUUG